AUAUAUUUCCAUAAUACCAAAACAAACAAAAUCUGAGAAAUCUCUCCACACCGCCAUUGAUAUUAGUGAGAGAGCGGACUACUCUUGAGUCUAGACUCAUGGCCAUGGCGGCAACUGGAGUUUGCGCUUAUGCCACCGGUUACUCGCCGGUGUUCCGCCGGGACAGGGAGAUGACAUCUUUUAGGCCAAUAUUAAUGAAGCAAAGCCGGACUCCGGCAUUCGCUGUAUCCACGUUGUCGGAGCAGGCAUCAACGGUAACUAAUCCCAAGUCAACGCUUCCUCAGAACAAUGGAAAAUUUCAGGACCAAGAAGCGAAGAGAAAUGUUUAUGCCAAUAUGGACGAAUUACCGGAGGAAGACGAAGGUAGGAAGACGCUCAAGGAUUUCUUUGAGGCCUGCAAAGAGUUUAUCGGAUCCGACGGCGGUCCGCCUAGCUGGUUCUCUCCCUUGGAGUGCGGCUGCAGGGCACCGGAUUCUCCCCUGCUUCUCUUUUUGCCUGGACUUGAUGGCACCGGACUUGGGCUUCUAAUGCAUCACCAGAAAUUAGGAAAGAUCUUUGAAAUUUGGUGCUUGCAUAUUCCAGUCAAGGACAGGACAUCUUUUACAGGCCUAGUGCAGCUUGUUGAAAGUACAAUUAGGUCAGAGUACUCCAGGUCACCAAAUAGACCAAUAUAUCUUGUUGGGGAAUCCCUUGGAGGAUGCCUUGCCUUAGCUGUUUCAAACCGUAACCCUGAUAUUGAUCUUCUACUUAUCUUGUCUAACCCAGUUGCCAAACAAUUGGUUUGCCAAAACUGCUGUGCCUUUGGUAGAUGUAGAUCCUUCUUUGCGAAAAUGCUUUACUUGCCUUCGUACCAAGCCAAAAUGGUUGUCAUUCUACAAAUGCUGAAAUCUGGUUCUGCAUAUGCCAAUUCACGUCUCCAUGCUACAAAGGCUGAAGUGCUAUUACUUUGCAGCGGAAGAGAUCAAUUGUUUCCAAGUCAAGAGGAAAGUGAAAGGCUACGCCAUGCACUCCCAAAUUGUGAGAUUCGUAAAUUUGAUGAAAGCCACCAUUUUCUCUUCCUGUUGUUUUGGCCUCUCAUGCGGGAAGAUGGUAUUGAUUUGGUAACAAUCAUCAAGGGAACUGGCUUCUAUCGUCGUGGAAAAUACCAUGACUCUGUGUCAGAUUACAAGCCACCUACACCUGCUGAAUUCAAGAAGUUAUAUGACUCAAAUAGAAUAACAAGAGCUUAUUGUUGUGUCGAGAAGAAGAGCAUAUUAGCUCAAUGGUUAAAUGUUGCUCUUAGCCCUGUGAUGCUGUCAACUACCGAGGAUGGGAAGGUGGUGAAGGGUCUUGCUGGGAUUCCAUCCGAGGGACCUGUCCUGUAUGUUGGUUAUCACAUGUUACUGGGACUAGAAGUUAUUCCCUUGGUAUCUGAAUUUCUUACACAGAAAAAUAUCCUCUUGCGAGGGAUAGCACAUCCAAUGUUGUUUGAAAGAUUGAGAGAAGGCAGGUUGCCUGAUGUAUCAACCUUUGACUCAAUACGAUUAAUGGGUGCAGUUCUUGUUUCAGGUGAUGCACUAAAAUCACCCUAACAAGUGUACUAGUUGCUCCAAGUAAUAUAAUGAUGAAUAGAGU